GCGCGCCAGCAAACGCCAUCGCAGACGAAGUCCAUCCUUGGUCUCAGAAUUAUACAUAAUAGUACAGUGCCUUGGUGUCUAGUUUCUUCCUAAAAAAAUUCAAAACAAAAUAAACAAGAAAUACCUCACGUACCUCACAUCACGCCUUUCGUGCCGGUUGUGGGGUGAACAGUGAACACUAAAACUUGGUUAGUGACUAGUGUUUUAUGUUUCAAGGACUAAUUAGUUAAACUAAGGAAAACUUGCAAAGCGGUUCCUAUUUACAACUCGGUGCGGAUAGAUAGUGGCGGCAGUGGAGUAGGUAUUCUGCGGGCAGCGGCGGUCAUGUCGGACGGCGAAGCUAUCACCAAGCCGGCUCCAGGAAGCGCCCACGACGCCAGCGAUGAAUCAAGUGACCGACGGCAGGGUGCAGAGUCCGACCCCGAGGAGGUGAGGAGCAGGCUGGAGCGCUACGAGGAGGAGCUGCGCGCGCUGCGCUGCCCGCUGCCAGCCGCCGCCGAGCUGCCCGCCGCGCGCUAUCGGCUGCGCGACCUGCUGCCGCGCGUGCUGCCCGCCCUCGAGCGCUACGACACCGCCUUCCUCACCGACUACCUGGCCGUGCUGUGGCGCGAGCGGCCCGCCGAGAUCGAGCGCGUCACCUGCGAUGUGAUGGCGAGCAUCGAGGACGCGCUGCGGCAGCAGGCUGGCGCCGAGGAGGACGAGAGCUGCGCGCUCGGCGAGCAGCGCGUCGUGCUGUGCGCGUUCCUGUGCGCCGCGUGCCUCGCCGACACGCCACGCGUGCGCGACGCGCGCCCCGCACUGCGCCAGCUGUUGCAGGGCACCAGCGAGAAGGAGCGCGAGCUGCUGGCCGAGCUGUGGUGGCGCGCGCUGCCGGCCGCGGCGCUGAUGCAGCUGUCGGACGCCGUGCGCGCGCCGCGCCGCGCCGCGCUGCACGACGCGCCCUCGCUCGCCGAGCUGCUGCUGCGCGCCGCGCUCUGCCGCCUGCCGCCCGACGACAACGGCUCUGCGCCGGAGUGGGAGCUGGGCGCGCCCAAGCUGGAGGACCUGGAGCGCGUGCUGGCGGUGUGGGAGCGGCAGCAGCAGUCCGCGCCGGCGCAGGACGCGGAGCGCGUCAUGCUGUUCGGGCGCGUGCUGGCCGUGGCGCCGCCCGCGCUGCGCCCGCCGCUGAUGCGCCGCCUCGGCGCCGCGCGCCCCGCGCUGCUCGACGACAAGCUCGCCGCCGCGCGCGCCGACAGGAAGGUCGGCGUGUGCAAGCUGCAGAUCCUGUUCGGCGCGGAGGACAAGCUCAACAUCCACAAGCCCAAGACGCCCCUCAAGCACAAAGCCAAGAAACGAUAAUGACUGCAUUAUCCCUUUGUCCUGCACCCAACAAGCUUAGUCACCGGGAGCUACCCGCGCACCACCGGCUGCAGGGGAAUUGGUAUUUACCCACACACCCAUUGUGCUAGGAUCUGGAACUACCAAAAAAACAAAGUAGCAAUAAGUGUAGGCUGUUUUAUUAGCUUUUAUAUAAUAAGUAUCAAAGCUUUAAUAAAAAAUAUCAAAAAAGUA